AUGGCCAGCGAUGAUUCUGGAGCUGUACAAGUUGUGUGGGAGCGGGCUGUUUGCAUAUUCAACACGUCUCUAACGAGAGAUCCGCGGAAAAGAAUACAUACAUCAAACUCGAGCACUGGUCUGAAAGCCUGUAGCCUCAGCGACUUGCACAGAUCGACGAAGCUAGCUCAUGAACGUUGCUAUGACAAGCGCAUUCCCGGAGCAACAAAUUUCAAGAAAGUACUUCAUGCAGUUAACAAAUACGCGCUUGUCGUAGACGUGUUGAUCCAGCAUCAGCCACAAGUCACUGCGGUUGUCUGGGGACUGAUACGCUUUCUGAUUCAGGUUAGUGUUGCCGAGCUCGAGCUCGGUGCCCUCCUGGCGGAGGCUCUGCAAGCGAUCUUUACAAGCAUUGGCCGGUUCGAGGUGGAGGCCCGGCUCUUCUUCGACGAACCACGAGUCUUGAGCUCCAUCGCUGCCCUGUUCUCGCAACUCAUCAACUACCUGGUGCGAGCUAAUUUUCAUUUUGCAAAACGGAACCCGGUUCGGUCCGUUCGCGCUGCCUUUUCUCCCAAACUUAGCCAGAUUUGGGUCUCGAUAGAGCGCGACACGUUAGACCUUGAUCGCGAGAUUAGGACUGCGUUAGGAACCCGCGUAGUCCGUUCUACCCAGAUUUCGGAAGCCGAGUUCCUGGAGCAGAAGACCUUCCGCGAAGAAUGCGGAAGGGCUCUUCGUAGAAUCGAAACUUUCAACCCGGAGGAAGAAUUUACUGAAUUGAAAAGGAUGUUGCUUGACCUUUCCAGCUGUUUGCAAUCAAGAGGAAGGGCACAAGAUUACCAAGAAGGAAUCAGUGCCGCCGUUCGAUGGUUGGAACAGGGAACCCCGAGAGUAGACGCUAUACCUCCACGCGAACCCGGAACGUGCUCGGGCAAAUCUGUCCUCUCAUCCUUUCUUGCGGAAAGAGCAUCGAUCUCAUCGGACAUCGUUCUGACCUACUCCUUCCACGGCUCAUUGGAUCAAAGGUCUGCCCAGGUUGCUCCAUUCAUCGUUUCCUUAUUGUUACAGCUCUGUCGGAAUGAUGCUGUUGUUUCCAACCCUCGCUUCCAAUAUACAUUACAAAGAAUCACGUCGCUCGUUAGGCGUUCAAACCACAGUCUCGACUGUUCCUUGAUGGUGCUGCAUUCUAUUCUCGAAGAUGUCUUCGAAUGGCUGCCUGUCUUUGUGCUGAUCGUUGACGGCCUAGACGACUGUGCGGAACAAGAUGAUUCGUUUGAACCAUCAAAGUAUAUACACAAACUCGGCACAAGUUUGAAUUCGCAAGUUAUUGUCCUUUCGCGUGCCUCGCUUGAUUUAGAAGCGGUCUUUACCAAUGUAGCUCGAAUUUCAAUGGACUGCGCCGAAAUUGAACACGAUAUCGAACGCUACCUACAACAACGGAUUGACCGGACUCCCAGGCUACAUAUGCUCAAAGCGGAGAUUCUAGCCAAAUUUUUUAAAGACGGCGGAAGGAUGUUUUUAUGGGCUAAACUCAUGUUGGAUGGUCUUCAACAGUGUCUCGGAACGAUCCGCGUACUUCGUGAAAGGCUUCUGCGCACACCAGUGCGGCUCUUCGAUCUGUACGAGCAACAAAUGGAGCUCAAUGGCUCAAAGUUGUGUUCAGAGGCCAAGAUCAAACGGGAUGAACUCCUACAUCUAUUGAUGGGCUUAAGGGAGCCAUUACCAGUGCAAGACAUAUCAGCAGCACUUGCUCUAGACACCCGCACAAAUCUCAACGAUGUACAAGAUGAAUUGAUCCAACCAGCAACGGAAAUCGAGAGAUUGUGCCGCCCUUUAGUAACCGUGAUAGGGGAUGUCGCCCAAUUUGUGCACAUGUCGGUUAAAAAGUUUUUACUUGAACGCAAAAUGAUGUGGGGGGACUCCGAUCUCUUCCUGGCUCGAAAGAGUUUAAGUAAACUCAGCCAAGCUCAGUAUGCAGACUGGCGUUACGCAGCUAGUCUUCUGAGAAAGAACUUAUUGGUCGGGAGCGUCAUCAUUAAUUCACUCGAGAGGUCUUCCGAAGAAUCGGUCUUCUAUAACUAUGCUUGCCUACAUUGGCACACUCACGUCACUGCACUGAGUGAUCCACCCGAAGAUAUACUGGAGAAGCUAAAAAGCUUUUUAACGGGGACCGAAUUUGUCACCUGGGCAGAAGUGUUGUUUCAGCUGAAACGCGGAGCAGGGCUCGGACCAUUGAUACAGGUUCGAGUCGUCUUGUCCACCUGGUACCAACGUUUUCCCCGCCUAAUCGAACAUUGUGUGCCACUCGAUCGUUUUUUUGUUGUACCCUACGAGAGGCUUAGCAAUGAGCUGAAUGAGGUGAGCGAGGACAAAAUAUUGCCUUACUUACCGUUAGAGCGUCUAGGAGGGUAUUUCAACGUUGGAGGCCAAUCCGGUGCUGAUUGGCAGAAGGCUUACGACUAUAAGAGGGCUGUCGCUGAUGGCUUCGAAGACCUGCUGGGACCGCGUAAUCCAUUGACGCUGAGGGCGAGGACAUCCAUGCUGCAAGAAUUCUUCUGGCAGAAGCGAUUUCCUCAAGCAGAAAGAGGCUUAUGUGAAGUCGCUACGAUUCAGCAAGAAGUCUCGGGUAAAGAGGUAGUUGACUACUGGAUCACUUUACAGUUGCUCGGUCUUGCGCAAUUCUCCCUUACCAACUUCGAAGAUGCCCGCAGGACUCUCGAAGAAACCGAGGAAGGCAUAGGUAAGCUGGUGGGGAGCUCAGACAUACUCUUUCUCAUGACAAGGCUCUACAAGGGGUAUUUACUCGAGCGCCAGGCAGAGUUAGAACAAGCAUCUCAAGCAUAUGAAGACAUACGGAAAAGGUGGUCUCCCGUCAUGGAUACAUCCAAUCCCUUCUCCCUCAUGUUGCAGACAGCCAUGGGUUCAGUAGCCCGAAAGCGAAAGCAAUUCGACAAAGCGCAGGAAUUGUUGCUUGAAGCCUGGGCAGCCCGUCAACACGUCUUCACCAACAAGAUCAACCUCUAUGUGGAUUCAGCCAUCCAACUUGCACUGACAUAUCGAGAAGCCGGCUGUCAGAAAGACGCUAAUGAAGUACUGGAUGACAUCGAAGGUUCCGAAGUGUUUGACACGGACUUCGAACGCUAUUGCCAGUUUAUACACCUCCGCGCACUCAUCGAGCUGGACGCUGGACUCUAUGAGAGAGCUCGACUGGCGCUUGAAACCCUUCUCAAUACUGAGCGUGACCAAAACAACAGAGAGCUCUUGUGGGUGCGCCUCGACCUCGCAGAUAUCUUGCGCGAGCACGGACAGCAUGAUGAAGCACUGAUGGUUUUUGCUGGACUUAUCGAGCCAAUACCUCCACACGAGGAGCCGAGGCAGGAUUCAAGCACCGAAGGUCAAGAUCCGUCCACGCCGUCUUCACUUGGCGACGAGCCGGAACCUAUCGAGCGCCUCAGAACAGCCGAGGAAGCAUUGAGACUGGUCCGAGCGGCCCAGCCUCAGGCUGCUAAGAGGCUGCUGGUUCAUCAUGGCCUAAGGUGGGUCCGACUGGAAGACUUUUGGAUCCUACAAGGCGGUCCCAUCACAGACACAGCUUGA